GCAAAGGAAAGUUUCAUUUCAUUGGAACAAGAAACAGGACUCCACAUUUCAGCUUCCCCUGCUUUCCCACAUUCACCAAUUAAUUUGAAUUCCCUUGAAACGGAACCUCAUAUUCUCCAUUCCCACAGAGUCAAAAACAAUGUAAGCAAGGACCGUUUCUACUUUUAUUUUUAUAAUUUUGCCCCCUCCAUGACCAUUUCUUGUGGUGCUCUUCUUCUAGCGUUAGCUGUCAAUUUUCUUGGGCUUUUUUAUCUACCCUGCAAUGGUCUGACUCCCCGCAAUUCUCUUUUCUCUCCCAACAAUGAGAACUCUGCAACUCCUUACUCUCAUUCUUUGGCUCUCUGCCCUGCCUCUAUUCUUCGGGCGGUGCGAUUUCGUUUCUAAAAAUAAACGCAGCAGCCCCAAUAUGCCCUACCAUGGUAGAAAGGUGUUAGCCAUCGCCAAAGUUGACUUCACACCAUUUCUCCACCACAAGGAUGAGCAGCAGCACCACGACCAUAGACGUGCUACCGCUCAAGCUGAACCAGUGGAUGGUAACCAGAUUGACCCUCGUUAUGGGGUCGAGAAGCGACUCGUCCCCACCGGUCCAAACCCAUUACACCAUUGAUAAGAUCAGGUCUUUAUUUUAUUUUAUUAUUUUCCUUGCAUGAUUUUGUAUUUUUUUAUUUUUAUUUUUUUAACAUUCGAUGAGCAUGUUAUAGAGAGUUAAUUCUCUUAUUUCUCAAAUUUUAUCUUCAUCUUGUAAAAAAUUCGAGCUUGAAAC